AUGGCCCCAAGAAAGCACUCUCAUACAUCUCGACAUAGGGGCGUGGCCGCGUUGUCCUCGCCCAUCAUUCCUACCGAACAAAUAGCUCUCAAUCCUUCACGUCCUUCCGCUGCUGUCAACCACAAUCUCCAGUCAAUAGAGUAUACACCAGGCACGCCGCCUUUUCCAACUCAAUUUCUUGCUGAAAAUACUGCUACCUUGACAAGGCCGCCGAUAGCAGGAGACUCCCCGCUUUCGCCUACUGAGGGCCAAACUUUGGACUCGACAUCCCGUCGCGAAAGCACUUCCACCAUGAGGACCUCGUCCAUCCCCCUCGAGGGCACUCCGACCUGCACGCCCACCGGACGGAUCAGCAAAGCAAAGAAGGGAAAACGAGUUCAUGCUUGCGAAUUCCCUGGAUGCGGCAAGGUGUUCACCCGUGCAGAGCACAGAAGGAGACACCAACUGAACCAUAACCCUGAAGCUCUUUUCCCUUGUACCCGACCUGGUUGUCGAAAAGCAUUCCACCGAAUAGAUCUUCUUCAACGGCACUUGGAGAGACACGACCUCGACAGCAUGGCCGAGGCCUCGUCGACGCACAUGGGCCAUAUGUCGCAUAUCUCGGCCGCGUCAGAAUCGCCGUCCUCAGUCAUUCCCACCCCGAUCAUGAGCAGUCCUCACGCCAGCCAAAGUACUCGCAGGUCGAACUCGGGGGCUCUCUCCAUCGGGUCCCUCGUCAACCCUCAGGGAGAUUAUCGCUACAAUGUGGGAACACCGGCAUUCAACAGCUACGGGCGACAGUCAAUGCACUAUAUACCACCAGGUUUCACUUCGUCCGAAGAUUCAAUCUUCUACACUCCUGAGAGUAGCCAGUCUCCUGUUUCAGAUUACUACAGCCGCUACCACCCCAACCGCCAGAGCAUCUCCUCAUCUUCUUCUGUUGCUGCCUUUGAGCUCAAUGGAGCCUCUCCAUUGACCAGUGGGAAUAUACCUGGGCAGUGGGCACCAUCUUCCGCACCUCCGGCGAGUAUGCCCGCUGCCACCGGCAGCAUACUCGACGAGGGUGCCUAUGUUCCUACUCUUCCCUACCAAUUCCACUCUCCGAGCUGGAUGGAGACGAAUGGAACGUCAUUCGACGAGAAUUAUCAACUGCAUCUGGGCUUCUUCCCCGAGAUUCCUCAACCGCUGUACCAGCAGCUAUAA